ACUUUUCAUAUUAUAAACAGUAAUGGACAGCAUCGGUGUGACUUGUGGUGUAUAUACCUGAAACUAACUAAAGUAGGUAUUAAUCACUCAGAAUCAAAUUGACUUAUUAUAAAAUUAGAACCUUUAUUGUGGAUCAUAUAUUUAUUUAUUUAUCUUUAUUUUUUAGUUAAAAAUACAUCUAUAUGUGUUAGUGGGGGGGAUAAGAUAAUAUAAGUUAUAAUAACCCUCUCCCCAGACGUUCAAUGACAUUUACUCCACGUUUGUUAGUUUCUUUAGGUACAUUACCAAUAUUAUAUACUAUGUAGGACGUUCGGGAGCGUUUUUCGCUCGAUACUCGUGAAUAUUGAUUUUUAAGGCACGACGGCGGAGUGGACUGUUUGUGGGGUACGUGGGUCGUGGGGUUGAAUAAGCCGUUUGCACAAGCGCAGUCUAUCGGCCACCGUGUAUUUAUGCGUUCUACUCACUUUCAAAGUAGGUAGGUAUGUUGUUAGAUUUUUGUUACAUAACUCUAGUAAAAUUCGAGUAUAAUUUUAUUAAAUUUUCACAAUUUUGAAGUAGGUAAUUCUAUAUUCGUUGCUCAAUAUUUAAUAAAUUAAUUUAGUGAUGGACAACAAUAAUGAAAAACAAAUCUCAGUAACGGAGCCAACAGUUACACCGAUCGAUCCAUCGAUUACACUCCCUACUGCACCGACAAUUACAGUGGCUGAGCCAGCAAUAACACCAAAUGUACAAAAUAUUACAUCAGCCGAGCCAUCAAUUACACCGUCCUGCACUCCAGCAACUACAUCGAACAAACAAACAAUUAUAUCUACCAAGCCAGAGAUUACAUCGACUGAAUCGAUAUCGGUCAAGCUAGCGGUUACACCAACCGAACCAAAAAUUACACCGACUGAGCCCAAAACUACAACGGCUAGACCAAGAAACAUUCCUGCCGAGUUAAUGAUUACGUCGCCUAGGCCAAGAAUAACAUUGACUGAGCCAAUAAAAACACCGAUCGAUGAGGUAUUAGUCAUAAAGGAUCAUGUUAUUCGGCCUAAUCAACCACUGUUUUAUGUGAAAAAUCCCAAAGGGUGGUUUAAUCAAUUUGAAUCAAAAAUAUUGGCUGCGGACUUGACUGAAGACUUACCAGUGUAUUAUGACCUCUUAAAAGAAUUAAACAACCAUGACAUUUUAUGCUGUAUUCUGGACGUAUUUCAAAACAUGACUAUGGUCAAUAAAUACAUGUAUUUUAGAAGCCAUUUGCUCAAAAAAAUAUCUGAACAAGAAAGGCUCAUAGAGCUCGUAAGCGAUUUAAAAUUAGAAGACAAAUAUCCGUCCGUUCUUUUAAACGAAAUGAAACAAUUAACGGAUGAUAAGUUAUUAGAACAGAAUUUACAACGCUUGUGGUUACAAAAGUUACCACCGCAGGCACGAGAUAUACUAUUAUUGUCUUCCGAUUCUUUGAGUUCCAAAUCAUUGUUGGCGGACAACAUUAAGGAUCUACAUUAUUCUCCAGAUGCUCAAUUAUCAAAGGAAGCCGCUAAACAAUAUGAACAUGAACACGGAUUGGCGAACUCAGCUGAUGAUCAUCAAACAGAAAAUGCACGAGCUAUCAAUAACACGAAUUCAAUCAAAACAGAGAAAAAAAAGUCUCGUUUAAAUAGUUUUUGCAAAUGCAUCUAGAUUAAGAGUUGUUCAGUAUCGUUGCGAGUAGUUUUCAAUACACGCAACUAUUAUAAACAAUCUACCUAUUAUUUUUAAUCACAAAAAUACAUUUUCAGGUAAAGUACGAGAUAUACAAAUACUUAAUAUAAAUCGUCUGAAAGCAAAGUUGUUCAAACUACUUUUACUAUGUUUUUAAUUAAUACCUUCCUACAUUUAAUAAUAAAAAAAAAAAAUUACAUAGGUAAUCAAUAAUCAAUGAAUAUUACAAUAUUCUUAUUUAUCGGUUAAGCUACCGAGGUUAUGUUUAAAUUAAAUGAAUUCCUAAGUCUAAUGUGCCAUUCAAUGUUAUUUUUUGUGUAUACCUAACUAGAUUAUACAAAACAAUUAUUAACAUUAUUAUCUCAUUCAACAUAUAUCUGCAUAAUAUGUGGUUUAGAGAAAAAAUAAUUUUUGUUAUUAAAUGUUG